AUCUAUGGACGUAUCUCCUUCGCAUUCACGCGUAAUUUCUUGCUUCGCGGGAAUUUGUUGCUACGAAAACGAAACUCGUCGAUGGGGAAAUUGCCGAUCGAUUAUACCUGUACAAAUAGAAGACACGAUCUAAAUAUCUUACGAUAUCAGCAAAAAUGCCGCGGGAUAUAAGAUCCUAUUUUACGUCGGUUGCAACUUCUCAGAAAAAGAAUAGCGAGCCCGUUGCUUCAAAGUCUCAAAAGAGGCGUGUAAUUUCGUCAGAUGAAGAUGAAGAGAAGUCGAAGUCAUCCGCAAAACGCACCAAAAUUGUACGAAAAAAACCGACAAAAGUUUCUGUCUUGUCUGACUCUGACGAUGAUAUAAUUGUGAAGAAAGAUUUUACAAAAUCAGAAGCAAAUAAGAAAAAUGAGAGUGAAAAGCUAUGUGAAACAAUCUCUUUUGGCGAACUAUUUGGUAAGAGGCCAAUAAUGAGAGUAGAAGAAACAAAAGUUAGCCAAAAACUACAGAAACUGGAAUCUGAAUUUCACAAUGAUGAUGAUUUUGAUGCUAUACUUAAACAAUUGGACACUUCGCAGGAUGUGAUAAUACAGGAUACAAAAAAAGAUAAAGACGGCAUUGAAAAUGCAAAUAUUUCCCAAAAAUCUGAUGAACCAUUUAAAACAGAGAUAAUUUCAAUUAAAAGCAAGAAACAUACUUAUUUGAAAAAUAAUCAAACAAAUAAAACGAACAUGACAAAAACUAAAGAGAUGAAAAAAUCUCCCAGUAAAAAUAAUGUAUAUUCAAAAAUGAUUACUCUUCCUUCAAAAGAGAAAUUAAAAAUGAAAAAAGACAGCUCUAGCUCUAAUGAAGAUUUAGAUACAAAUAAUAAAUGUAGUGAUGACAAAUCAAAAAAAUUAAACUUGAACAAUUUAGCAAUAAAUAUCUCAAGACCUGUUUCUACUGCAAAAGAAAACGGCAUAAAAAAACAAUCGCCAGACAAGAAGAAAGCCAAAAUGGUUGAUUUAUUUGAAGAAAGAAUAGAAAAGAAGAAACAGCGUACUGCAAUGUACGAAAAAUAUCUUCAGAGAGGUGGCGCCAGAAAUCCAGGUUCAAAAGAGAUUCCUACAGGUGCUCAAAACUGUUUAGCUGGUAUAAGUUUUGUGCUAACUGGUGUUUUGGAUUCUCUGGAAAGAAAUGAAGUUGAGGAUUUAAUACGCAAAUACGGCGGUCGUACUGUGAACACUGUUUCAGGCAAAGUUAAUUAUAUUAUAGUAGGAGAUGAGGCUGGUCCAUCAAAAUUGGCAAAAGCCAAUAAUCUGGGUACCAAGCAAAUAUCUGAGGAUGAUCUCCUGGAAAUGAUCCGCACAAGACCGGAAGGUAAAGCUGAAGAUGUUAAACCAGUUGUAAUAAAGGCGAAAUCAAACGUGAAAAAAAUAUUGAAUACAUUUGAGGAAGAUAAAUCGCUAUUAACAGAGAAAGCAAAAUCGACACUAACAGAUUUAUACGAUCUUUCUGAAAAGAUAAAAUCACCACCAUGUUCACCUGUGAAAAUGAAAACGUCAUCAUCGAUACCAAAGCAGACAAUAGAUGCAAUCAAUUAUUCACAAGAGACAACUACAAGCAUCGGCUUGCAACCGUUAGUUGAAAAAUAUAGACCUAAAACUAUGAAGCAGAUUAUAGGACAGCAAGGAGAUAAGAGCUGCGCACACAACUUGUAUGUGUGGUUGCGCGAUUGGGAUAAGAAUCGCCAAGAUCCGAAGUUUAAAAACAGCAAUAAUAAACAAACUCAUGGGCAAAGUUUUAAAGCUGCUUUGUUGUCGGGACCACCGGGCGUUGGUAAAACAACAACUGUGCAGGUUGUUUGUAAAGAAUUGGGGUACGAUCUUGUAGAAUUCAAUGCUUCUGACACGAGAAACAAGACGCUCCUGAAAGAAGAAGUCUCAGGAUUAUUAUCCAAUACUACAAUGAAAGAUUACAUCACUGGGGGUACUAAACGAAAGAUCACAAGCAAGCAUGUACUAUUGAUGGAUGAAGUCGAUGGCAUGGCUGGUAACGAGGAUCGUGGUGGUUUACAAGAACUACUUAAUUUAAUAAAAAAUACUCAAGUGCCAAUUAUUUGUAUCUGCAAUGACCGAUUCAACACAAGAGUGAAAACCAUUUCCGUACAUAGUUACGAUCUGAGAUUUCACAAGCUCAGAGUGGAGCAGAUCAGGAGCUCCAUGAAGUCUCUAUGCUUUAAAGAGAAAAUUAACAUAUCGACAGAGGAUCUCGAUCGUCUAAUCGAGUCGACGAAUUACGAUAUUCGACAAGUGAUAAACCAUCUCGAGUUCCUCGGUGGUCGUACACCUCACGUAGAGGCGACCGACAGGAAACAUUCGAAUAAGAAUUUCAAACUCGGACCAUUUGACGUCGUGAAAAUGGCAUUUAAAGCGGAAGAGCAGAAAAAUAUGAGUUUGAACGAUAAGAUUGGUUUAUAUUUCCACGAUUACAACAUAGCGCCUCUUUUCGUAGAAGAAAAUUACCUGAGUGUCAGAUUAUCCCAAAUACCACUUCUUCAGAGGCUGGACAAGAUCGCUCAAGCGGCCGACAGUAUAUCCCAAGGAGAUCUCAUCGAGAAGGCGAUGAGAAGCAAUAUGAUGUGGAGCCUGCUUCCAUUGCACGCAUGUUUCUCAUUCGUUAUUCCAACUAGCGAAAUGUCGGGGAGUCUUGAUUCGUUGGUACGUUUUCCGGGCUGGUUUGGGCGAAAUUCCAAGACGACGAGAUUUAAUAGAUUAAUGCAAGAAUUAACGAUGCAUACGCGAUUAGCCACGGGCGCGAACAAAGAUGCUCUGAAUAUGGAUUACUUGGUUCAUAUUCGGAACGCAAUUAUAAAACCUCUAAUAGAUAAUGGUGUGGACGGUAUUGAAACAGCAAUAAAUAUUAUGGGAAAAUAUUAUCUAACAAGAGAGGACUUGGAUUCAAUAAUAGAGAUUUCUUUCUGGCCGGAAAUUCGCGAUCCUACGAGUAAUCUUGAUAGCAAAGUGAAAGCAGCGUUUACACGAGCGUAUCAAAAGAAUCCUCCUAUGUUGCCAUAUGUAAUUAACAGUAAUAUUACAACAAAGAAAAGAUCCAUGCAGGAUGAAAAUCUCAUAGAAGAGGAAAAUGAUGAAGAAGAUGACAGUAUUGAAUCCGACAAAAUGAUCAAGGCAAAGAAACCUGCUGGUAGUACCAGUAAAGCCGCUGCAUCGACGAAAAGAAGUGGCGAACCGGUUAAAAAACGUGUAAAGGGACGCGAUAAACCUAAAUAAGGAACAUAUAAUAAUACCAAAGAAUGGAACGUAAAUUUUAUUUAGAGAAAAACGUGAAACAAGAUUGAUAUAUUGCUAACAUUCGUUCAUUUGCUUAAUCGAAUCGAUCGCAAUAACAUUUAUAUGUGAAUAUGGCAUGAUGUGUAUAUUUCUCCUGUUAUUUAUUUUGUGUCGAAAUGUAAUGUGAUUACACAAUAUCUCCCCUGUCACUUAUUUCAAAAUAUAUUUUUAUUUUUCCAUAUCCAUGGAGGAAAUG